GUCGUCAUUUCGAUUCUGGAUUCGGACGCAUCAAAGGCAUUGGGGCAAAGAUAUCCAUGGCAGCCAGAAAUGGGUCUCGCUUAUGACAGACGGAGGUUGUACAGUAUCUAUAAGACUGUAAGACAUUUCAAUUACGUAAAACGAUUUCAUCAUGAUCAUGGUGUAAGCCUAAUGGUAGUGAUCGUCUCAAAAAUUGGAUUUUUGAGGUGUCACUUGGUAUAUACAAGAGUGUCUAUAUGAAGAAUAUGACAGAGUGACUUGUCCCUGUUCAAUGAUAUUCAUGUUGAUAAUGCUAACGCUCUAUGAAGACCUAGUUCGUUCGCUUUGUAUAUAGUCUCCUUUGCCUCUCUAUGACGACCUAGUUUGUUCGCUUCGUAUACAGUCAGUCUCCUUUGCCUCUCUAUGAAGACCUAGUUUGUUUGCCUUAGUAUGGCCCGUUGAGUCCCCUAAUUCCACCGAUGGUUCUCGCAACUUUGCCUGGUGCGCUAUGCGGGAGGCGCUGGCACUGAAAUCGUUGUGUGAGCGUUUCCACCGAAUCAUAUUCACGGAUUUACAGUUAUGGUCGGCUUUCUGUAGUACAAAAGUCCGAUUAGAUGUGGAGAAUGAUCUCCUUGUUCUCCACGUAAUGUGCUGAGCAUUUUGGAGGUACCCUUUUCCCAUGCAUCAAGGGACGAAAAGGUGCCGACGUCGUCAGGGGGGGGACCGAGAAGAUGGAGCCAAGCAGCUGCCUCUCUAAUGCAGCAGCUGUACGACAGCUGUGAGCCAAAGUUCUGGCCCAGUGUCGGCCACGGCAGGAGUCGGUGCAGUGCGGAUCAGCUCUGGAACCGCCUCUGGCAGGAGGCUCAGUUCGGUGACGAAGAGUUUCUAGGGAAUGCGGGAAUACUGUUGGACAAAGGAGCAGAUCGUAGAUCUAGAACGGAUGUAAAGAUAAAUCAGGCGCACUACACAAGUUUUGCUGCACUUGAUGAACCUGAAGAUACAACUCCUGAGAGAACAACUAGUACCACGAGUCCCAAUUAUAGUGCUGGCACUUCUUCGGUGGCAGGUGGAGUGCUUCUAGAAAAUGGGGGGAAUUCAACAACGCAAACAGAAAGCGAAGACGAGGAUGAGGAGAAGUUUGACAACGGGCGUUACGACUUGUUUGGAAAGGACGAGUGGUACUUCUUGUGGGAGCACAAGCAUUUCCCGAAG